CCCUUAAUUAAUGCCACAUACCGAGCACUCUAGUAUGAGUACCAGCUUCCUUUCAAUCGCUGCAUCGCUUCACUGCACCUCUUUUUCCACUCCACAGAUCACUUUACACAACAACUUCACACCCAAUGUUCCGACUCCUUCCUCUCCGCUCCAGAGCCCUUACCACAGCCAUCGCAGCUUCGACAAGGAGAACGCUUUUGACUGCUGCAGCUGCAGCUCCCAGAAAGACUCUCGGCAUCAACUCCGCAGCAUGGUCUCUCGCACAGCGUCAACUCCCCUCCAGGGCUAUCAGGGCAAACAUGUCAGCCGCUCAGCAAGUUCGAACUAUGUUUAUCCAGACCGACAUUACACCGAACCAGGAUUCUCUCAAAUUUAUCCCAGGAGUCGCUGUCAUGCCCGAUGCCUCGACAGCCGAGUUCCUAGAUGCCCGUAACGCCAUGGGUUCGCCUCUUGCUAAGAAAUUGUUCCAGAUCGACGGCGUCCGAGGCGUGUUCUUUGGCCCCGAUUUUGUAACUAUCACAAAGGACCAGGAUGCGAUUUGGCAAUUGAUGAAGCCCGACAUCUAUUCGGCGAUCAUGGACUUCUUUGCUUCGGGUCAGCCCAUUAUCUCCGAAGGCGCCGAUGGCGAGAAUGCAGCGCACAACGACACUAUGAUUCAUGAGGAUGACAGCGAGACCGUCCAGAUGAUCAAGGAGUUACUCGAUACCCGCAUCCGCCCAUCGAUCCAGGACGACGGUGGAGAUAUCGAGUACCGUGGGUUCGAGGAUGGUAUCGUCAAGCUGAAGCUUAAGGGCGCUUGCCGAACCUGCGACAGCUCCACAGUGACUCUGAAGAACGGUAUCGAGAACAUGUUGAUGCACUAUGUUCCUGAGGUUACGGCUGUGGAGCAGGUUUUUGACGCCGAAGAGGAGGUUGCCCAGCUCGAGUUUGAGAAGCUGGAGAGACGCCUUAUGAAUCAGUAAAAUGUUAUUUCCUUCGGCAUUGUACUUCUUUGCCUUUUACUAUAUUUGCCCUUCCACCUCUCAUUGUAUUGUACCCGCAUAUGCAUGCAUUAAAAUCGCAUUGAUUACAAAAAACA